CCGGCUCCUGCCUGCUGCGUCUGCGCUGCGUCCUGCAAGCUUCUUGAGGCCAGAGACGACAGACAACCACCACCACCACCACAUACUUCCAUACCAGACACACUCAAGAAUUAUCAAGGAAAGAGACACCGCGUCCUGCCUGGCCUUGCCCUAUCAUCUCCUUCCCUUUUCUUCCCUUUUCUUCCCUUUCAACUUUUGCUUUCUACUUCUGCUUCUUACGCUCCUUUGCAUCCACUUCAUGUUGUAAAUUACUUGGCGCCUUCAGCAAAUAAUCAGCACAUUUCGUGCUUUAUUUUCUCUUCGAUCCCCAAACAUGGAUGCUCUUAUUGAACAGGCUCGCGAUGUCUUCGAGGAUUACUACGACUUGUAUUACGAUCAAUUGCUCGAUCUGAUCCCGGUUAUCUCCACCCGAACCUACGUGCUCACCAUUCUCGCCAUCUGCAUACCUCCCAUCAUCGCCCUCAUAUUCUACGAGCGAGAACAAGCGAGGCUCCUGGCAGAGCAACCGAAGGGAUGCAGGAAAUUGGGGAUGAAGAUCGAGUCGAAUCUGACGAACGAGUUUGACAAGAAGUUUUCAGAGGGGCGACCACCGUCGACGGAGGAGACAUCGGCGGAGUGGUGGCGCUUGAAGAGUCUGUGGAUCUACCCAGUUAAGAGCUGCAGAGGUGUCGAGUUGAACAGAGGCACGAUCAUCUCGACUGGCAUGGAGUAUGACCGUCAAUUCACGUUUGCUCAACUCAAGAGCCCCUUUCCCGUCGCCGCCAAUACCCCGGACAAGGAGAAGGCAGCACACAAGUGGGAGUUCAUUACCCAACGUCAAUUCCCUUUGUUGGCAAAGGUUCGGACGCAGAUGUGGAUUCCUGAUCAGAGUGUGGACACCUACACCCCCCAUUGUGAAGAUGUCGAGUCUGGUGGUGUUAUUAUCUUGAGCUUCCCGUACCAAGAGGCUGGAUGGAAGGGCAUAGUUGCGAAGUGUGGUGCUGCAGUCAAGGGCACGUAUCCUGAGAAGCAAUUCCGAAUUCCAUUCGAUCCUACACCAGUGCAGAUUGAGAAGGCAGGAUACUCUUACGAGAAGAUGACCAUCUGGAAGGAGACCGUUACGGCGCUGAACAUGGAGGUGGACAUACCUGAUGAGUUAAGAUAUUACCUUGGUAUCAGUAAUAAAUUGGGACUGUUCAGAAUCGACAAUUCGAAACUACGUGAGGUUCACGGCAAUGCACCAACGAAGGAGAACAUUGGCUAUCAACCUGUUGCUGGCUUUCAGGAUGCCUAUCCUCUUCAUAUGAUCAACCUCGCCAGUGUUCGUGCGGUCGAGCGAGAGAUGCCUAAGGUCAAGGGUACCCCUCGUCUAUCGGCGGGCCGCUUCCGCGCCAACCUAAUCAUCACCGGUCCUGACGCUUUCCACGAAGAUAGUUGGCGCAAGAUUAAGAUCGGCUACUACGAGUACGAUGUCUCCUGCAGAACCACCCGUUGCAAGCUGCCAAAUGUGGACCAAGUCACAGGCGAACGCCACCCAACCGAGCCCGACCGAACCUUACGAAGUUUCCGCAACGUCGACGAGGGCGCAGGUCAACAUAUCGGUUGCCUAGGCAUGCAGAUGGUUCCUCUGGCAAAGGAGAGUGCUGUCCGAGUCGGAGAUGAGAUUACCGUUUUGGAGGUGGGAGAACAUUGCCUCGUCAAGUGAUGAUGAGGACUUUGAUUUUUCUUUUUUCUGCAUUGUAACAUGCAUUGCAUUGUACCGCGGAGUUUCUUGGCGAAGAUGAGACUUUUUGAUCUGGCAUGGUUUAUUAGCAUGGCAUUACAUACAUACAGUUUGUCUUGUGAAAGCUGCAUAUGAUGGCAUGGUCUUCUCUUUUU